AUGCUGCUUCGGGGUUUCUCUCCUGAUAAUAUAACUUAUGGAUUUUUAAUGCAUGGGUUGUGUAGAAUGGGGAAAGUUGAUGAAGCAAGGGCAUUGCUGAUCAAAGUGCCUGCUCCAAAUGUUGUGCUUUUCAAUACCUUAAUUAAUGGGUAUGUGACCAGCGGACAGUUUGAUGAAGCCAGGGCCGUUAUUUAUAAUUUCAUGCUACAAUCCGGCUGUGUCCCUGAUGUUUUUACGUUUAACAUACUGGUUCGUGGCCUUUGCAAGAAGGGUUGUUUGACUUCAGCUUGUGACUUGGUUAAUGAGAUGGUGGCUAGGGGUUGUGAGCCUAAUGUGGUAACGUACACAACAUUGAUAGAUGGAUUCUGCAAACAAAACCAACUAGAGGAAGCUGGUGAUGUUUUAAAUGAGAUGUCAGCUAAGGGGCUUAGCCUGAAUACUGUGGGAUACAAUUGCCUCAUAUGUGCUUUGUGCAAGAAUGAAAAAGUUGAUGAAGCUUUGGAUAUGAUAGGUGAAAUGUCUCAGAAAGGAUGUCAGCCCGAUGUAUUUACAUUUAAUUCAGUAAUAUUUGGACUGUGCAAGGUCAAUAAGAUGGAAGAGGCCUUGGGAGUCUAUCGUGAUAUGUUUCUGGAGGGUGUAAUUGCCAACACUGUAACUUACAACACUUUGAUUCAUGCUUUCCUGAGGAGAGAUGCGAUCCAAGAAGCACUUAAGCUUGUAAAUGAAAUGUUAUUUAGAGGAUGCCCCCUUGACGCAAUCACCUAUAAUGGCCUUAUAAGCGGGUUCUGUAAAGUUGGGGCAGUUGAGAAAGGAUUGGGAUUGUUUGAAGAAAUGAUGAGCAAGGGACUGAAUAUCAAUAAUAUCUCGUGCAAUAUUUUGAUCAAUGGUCUUUGUAAAGUUGGAAAAGUACAUAAUGCACUCGAUUUUCUAAGGGAUAUGAUUCAUCGGGGUUUGACACCAGACAUAGUCACUUAUAACAGCCUGAUAAAUGGUUUAUGCAAGAUGGGCCAUCUUCGGGAGGCUUUAAAUCUCUUUGACAGAUUACAAAUUGAAGGAGUCCAUCCUGAUGCUAUUACUUAUAACACUUUAAUCAGUUGGCACUGCAAAGAGGGUAUGUUUGAUAAUGCCUGUUUACUUCUACAUAAGGGUGUGGACAAUGGCUUCAUACCUAACAACACGACUUGGUAUUUAUUGGUCACCAAUUUUGUUAAAGCAAGUGCCAAGGAGAGUCAGAUCUUUUCCUCAAUGCAGUUUUAGCUUCUAGAAGAAGUUUUUCUCACAGAAAAUUAUCAGUUCGUUUGGUCUCUUGAGUUAAGCUUCAGAAAGAGUUUUAGUUGACAUUUACACUUAUCUUCUAUUCUCAUACAAAUCUAUGCUGAUUAACCUUUGAUUCUCGCUUUUGAAUAUUUUUGGAAUGUACAUCCUUUGAGCUAUUUGGACCCCCUGUUCAGAUUGGUGGUCACUAGUCGCUUCAAUUGUUUGGAUGCAAAUGUGUGCUCUCCGGGUGCAAUUUUACUAAUGGCAAUCAGAAAUGGCAGAAGGUGACAAUUUUGGUCGUGAUGUUAUUUGGGGGAAACGGGCAUUCCAGACUAACCCCAAAAAGAGGGGGUAUUCUAGAGCUUGAUUUGAAUGCAUUUAAUUUGUUUGGACAGGUUUUACCUGCCGAUUGGAUUUUGAGUUGGUAAGCUGGAAAAAGUUGGCUAGCUGUUCUGUAGCAGCUCAUCUGAGUACUGCUUUUGCCAAGGCAGAAGGUUUCACUGCAUGACGUCUAUGUCAAAGGAGAACCAAUCAUAAUCAAACUUGAGAGUUUUCCUGCUAGUUGGUAAGAACAAAUUUUGAAGUCCUUAUCAUGGAGCAUGGAAGCGUCUUCAAGAUUGGAACUUGGUGCUGAGGCUGGGUUGUUUGUAUUGAAAAAAAUAAAAAAUAAAAAUAAAAAUCUGUCGCUUGAUUCUUUUCUUUUCUAGAGAAACUCAGACUGACAGCGUAGCAGGGAAUGCAGUUCCUAUCUGUGCUUAUUACAAAAUAACUUUUGCAUAGCAACGAAUGUGGCUGUUUAGAUUGUGCUGUAAAAUAAGCAUGAUGUAUUAUUCAUUGUCAUCAAUUGGCGUACAAAUGUGAAAACUAAAAUCAUGUUACA